GGGACAUGGAAGGGUGGGGACAUGACCGAAAAACCAGCUGUUUAUCGAACGUCAUGGACUCAUGGCGCCUGGAAUGAGUCCGAAUUUUUACAAAAAUUAUAAUUAGUUUUUAAAAAUUAAAUAUAUGUGAAUAGAUCCUGCACUAAAAUCAGAACUACUGUAAUUUCGUUAUAUUACAGUUAUGGGUUGAAAUCUUUCCACAAUGUGACCAUCUGCACUCUGUAUACAGAAAAAGCUUAUAUCUAGAUCCAAUGGAUUGGAGACGAAAUGAAGAUUCGUGGCUUUUUCCAAAAGUUGAUGCAGCCGAAGAAUCAGUUCCUGAAGAUGGCAAUGUCCCGCGUAAAAUCGAAAUUAGGGCUAUCCUCAAACCAAAUAGGAAUGAUAUGCGUGAAUUUAUAUGCGGAUGGGGAUCAGCUGUGAUUAACCUUGCAGUUACUUAUCCUGUUAACAAAAUUAUAUUCAGACAGAUAUUAGAAGAUGUGCCGGCAAGCACAGCCGUUCAGCAAUUGUCUCGAGAAGGAUUAUCACUUCUUUACCGAGGAGUUUUGCCACCUCUCUGCCAAAAAACUCUCUCUCUUAGUAUAAUGUUUAGUGUUUACGAAGGCAGCAAAGAGAGAAUCACACUCCUCACGGGAAGACCCCUUUUGGCAAAAAUAAUCGCGUCGAAUGUUGCCGGAGCUACUGAAGCGAUCCUGAUGCCUCUCGAGAGAGUUCAGUCUUUAUUGCAAGAUUGGCGAUACAACAGCAAAUUCAAAAACACGCCCCACGCUUUCAAGUUUUUGCUAUCGAGGUAUGGAGUUAAAGAGUGUUAUCGCGGUUUCGUUCCAAUAAUUUACAGAAACGGCCUCUCGAACCUCACCUUUUUCACGCUUCGAGACAAAUCAAAAGAGAUGAUGGGUGGGAAAGAAUCUUUUCUAAAAAACUUUAUCAGUGGCGCUCUGAGCGGCGCAUUGACGAGCACUCUUUUCUAUCCCCUGAAUGUCAUCAAAAUCCACAUGCAGACUAAAGUAGGUGGAAAUUUCGAUAAAAUUUCGGUGGCUUUACGCGAAUUAUACAUAGCGAGGGACAGAAGCAUAAUUAAUUUCUAUAAAGGAGUGCAUUUAAAUUAUAUGAGAUCGUUCAUCAGCUGGGGCGUGAUAAAUGCCUCUUACGACUUCUUGAAGAAAAUUGUAUUUUGACGAUACGAACUCUCUAGGUAAUCUGUUUUAUAUUUUAUAUUUUAUAUUGACAUUUGCUUCAACUGUAAAUUGUAUGUUAAUUUUAAUAUUAUAAUUGUAAAUGUAACUUACAGUCGUAGAGUUUUAUUGAUUUUGUCUGACCCGAGAGAAAAAGUUGUUAUUUUUUAUACAAUAUUUUGUGAUUGUCGCAUAGUAAGUAAAUGAUUCGUUUAGAUAAUUUUAUUCGAUUGAUUUGGUAUGAAAGAGUAUUGAUCGUAUAAUAAACGUUCUAGGAAAUGAAG